CACUGGACCUUUAAUGGUCAGCAAACAGAUACCUUAAAGACUUGUGACUAAACAUGGACAUAGAUAGACUGAUAGACUUGAAACUUGACUGGGACUUGGGCAUUUAUACAGAUACAAAUUUGUGAACUGUCAAAAGCUUUGCCAUAUAAAUAACAAAGUAUCCAUACCUUCAACAUCCCAAAGUAUACUAUAUAAGGCCAUUGUUGAUAACAAUAAUAAUUAUAAUAAUAAAUGAAUUAAAUGCAUGCACUCAAAUGAAGGUUUGUGUGCUUAUAUUUUUAUAAUGUCCUGAGAGGUUUUUCUAUAUAAUAAUACCGUUCAUUCGUAAGUCGUAUGAUAAAAGGUAUUUGGUAUUCUGUUUCAGAUUUUAAUUUGUAGUUGUCGCUGUGUGUGUGUGUGUGUGUGUGUGUGUGUGUGUGUCUUAAUAGACAAAGACAUAGUGAGGGUCAUCGGAGGCUUGUUUACUGCCUUUGUGUGUAGUACUGAGCCAACACGAGCAUGUUUUCAGGAGUCUAGCCCUUCCCGACAUUCCCAUGGCUUGUGAAUGCAGCACCAGCGGCAUCACUGCCAGUAGAAGGAGCUCUUCAGUCUUACCUAAUCCAAACAUACACAAACAUGGCGAUAUCACAAGCAGGCAAGAUGCAGUCCUCUCUUCGCUGUUCGUUAUAUUUAAUAGUCCUCUGGGUUGCUGGAGUAAAUUCGUCGACCCUUCGUCUUCACCCAGAGCAGCGUUACAUGCUACCGCAAAACAGAGGAUUUCGCACAAUAGAAGCAAAUGAGGAUUUACCGGACGGAGAUGGAGGAGGCGCCGCGGCUCCAGCGCUGCCUCUGGCCGCUCGUACCGCCGCUCAAGGCGGGUCACACUCCGGCGUCUAUCCGCAGCAUCGAAGCCGUCGGAGCACCGGUGAAUCGACCAUGCCGAAGGUGUACGGGCAGGCCAACCUGAACGACUCUCAUAACCAGAUGGUGGUCCACUGGGCUGGAGAGAAGAGCAAUGUCAUUGUAGCCUUGGCCCGGGACAGUGCUGGAGCCACCGGACCCAAAACCAGCUCUGUCUACGUGUCCUAUGACUACGGGACAACGUUCACGCUCGUCUCAGACAAGUUCCAGCUUUCGGGGGUGAAGGCCAAAGAAGACAGCAAGCAGGUCAUCUCCCAGUUCUACCACAGCCCUGCAGACAAUAGGAGGUACCUUUUUGCAGACUCCACCAACAACUACCUGUGGAACACAUUUGACUUCUGUAAAAGCGUCCAGGGCUUCUCUCUGCCCUUCAAGCCCACAGACCUGCUGCUCCACAGCAGAAGAUCCAACUUGGUGCUCGGCUACGACAGCUCUCACCCAAACAAACAGCUGUGGAAGUCAGACGAUUUUGGAGAGACAUGGGUGUUGAUCCAAGAGCAUGUGAAGACCUACUUUUGGGGCGUGGAGCCCUACGACUCCCCCACCACUGUGCUGGUCCAGAGACACGAGCCCCAGGGCGUCUCCACCAUACUCAGCAGCACCGACUUCUUCCAGAGCGAACGCAACCGCAGGGUGAUCCUGGAGCAGGUCGACAGCUUCCAGCUCCGAGAAAAGUACAUGUUCGCCACCACCACACGGAAACUCUUUGGCAGCCACGAACCUUCAUCUGUUCAGCUCUGGGUCUCCUACAACCGUCAGCCAAUGAAAGCUGCCCAGUUCAUGACCCGACAUCCAAUCACAGAGUACUACAUAGCAGAUGCGUCAGAGGACCAAGUGUUUGUGUGUGUGAACCACCUGAACAACGUCACACACCUGUACAUCUCAGACACACAGGGCCUGUCCUUCUCUCUGUCACUGGAGAAUGUUCUGUACUACAGUCCUGAGGGCUCAGGCAGCAACACACUGAUCAGGUACUUUGCCAAUGAACCUUUCGCAGACCUGCACCGCGUGGAGGGGCUGCGAGGAGUCUUCAUCGCCACACUCAUCAACGGCUCGGUCAGCGAAGACAACAUGCGAUCCGUCAUCACCUUCGACAAGGGAGGGACGUGGGAGCUGCUGCAGCCACCUGCUGCCGACAGCCUGGGGGGAACUGUGGACUGCCAGCUCAGUAAAGGUUGCUCUCUUCACCUGGCUCAACGCUGGAGCCAGCUGUUCAACAUCCAGCUCAGGAGGAUGCCCAUUUUAUCCAAGGACUCUGCACCAGGACUCAUCAUGGCCACAGGAUCUGUAGGCAGGAACUUGGCCAACAAGCCUAAUGUGUAUGUAUCCAGCAGCGCUGGAGCCCGGUGGAAGGAGGCACUGGCAGGCCCUCAUUUCUACACAUGGGGUGACCAUGGUGGUAUCCUGAUGGCUAUUGCACAAGGAGGCCCCACCAAAUAUCUCAAUUUCAGCACCAACGAAGGCGAGACGUGGAGCGGCUUCCAGUUCUCAGACAGGGAGGUGUAUGUUUACCAGCUGCUGACUGAGCCCGGCGAGAAGAGCACCAUCUUCACCAUCUUUGGCUCCUACGCCGACCAGAGGCACAGCUGGCUCAUCCUGCAGGUCAACACCUCCGAUGUGCUUGGUGUGCCGUGUUCUGAGGCCGACUACAAGCGCUGGUCUCCGUCAGACGAGCACGGUAACGAGUGUCUGUUAGGCAGAGAGAUUACGUUCAAGAGGCGAGCUCCCCACGCUACAUGCUUUAACGGAGAGGAGUUUGACCGGCCCGUCACCAUCUCUAACUGCUCCUGCACGCGGCAGGACUACGAAUGUGACUACGGCUUCAAGCUGAGUGAAGACUUGUCCCUGCAGGUGUGUGUGCCUGACCCUGAGUUCUUAGGUGACCUCUACGCUCCUCCAGUCCCAUGUCCUGUCGGUACCACAUACCGUCGCAGUAAAGGCUACAGGAAGGUGCCAGGCGACAGCUGUAGUGGAGGAGAUGUGGAGUCCAGGCUGGAUGGAGAGAUGCUGCCUUGUCCUGUCGGAGAGAGUAACGAGUUCAUCCUGUACGCUGUGAGGAACUCCAUCCAUCGCUAUGACCUGGCCACAGGCACAGAUCAGGCCCUGCCUCUGGCUGGCCUCAGGGAGGCCGUGGCUCUGGACUUUGACUAUGACAGGAACUGCCUGUACUGGGCUGACAUCUCACUGGACACCAUCCAGCGGCUGUGUCUGAAUGGCAGCACAGGUCAGGAGGUUGUGGUGAGGAAAGAUCUGCAGAAUGUUGAGGCUCUGACCUUUGACCCCAUCAGUAGACUGCUGUACUGGGUUGACGCCGGAGCACAGAAGAUUGAGGUGUCUAACCCUGACGGCGACCUGCGUCACACUCUGCUCAACUCUUCUGUCCUAGAACAUCCCAGAGCUCUGGUUCUGCUGCCUGGAGAGAGUCUGAUGUUCUGGACUGACUGGGGAGACCGAGCGGCCGGCGUUUACCGGAGCUACAUGGAUGGAACCAAUGUGUCGUGCAUCGUGUCCGAGGGCGUCCGCUGGCCGAAUGGGAUCACAGCUGACGACCACUGGCUGUACUGGACCGAAGCCUACAGCGACCGCAUCGAGAGGGCUGACUUCACCGGGGGCCAGAGGAGCGUUCUCAUGGAGGGGCUGCCCCACCCGUAUGCUAUUGCUGUCUUCAAGAAUGACUUGUACUGGGACGACUGGUCCAGAAUGGGAAUCUUCAAAGCUCCAAAAGCUGGUUCCCAGAACAACGAGCUGAUUGUUGGCAGACUAACUGGGGUCAUGGACCUCAAGAUCUUCUAUAAGGGGAAGAAUAGAGGCCAUAAUGCCUGUGCUGACCAGCCGUGCAGCCUACUGUGUCUGCCUCAGCCCGGACACCGACACACCUGUGUGUGUCCAGAUGGCGCCCCGACCGUAACCAUGCCCAACGGAGAGCUGCAGUGCCAAUGUCCCACCGGCUACCAGCUCCAAAACAACACCUGCGUCAAGACCGAGCACAGCUGUUUGCCCAACCAGUACCGCUGCUCUAACGGCCGCUGCAUCAGCAGCAUAUGGAAGUGUGACAGCGACAACGACUGUGGAGACAUGAGUGAUGAACAGGAGUGUCCCACUACGACCUGUGACCCGUCCAACCAGUUUCGCUGCGUGGCCUCUGGCUCCUGCAUCCCCCUGGCCUUCAAAUGUGACCACGAAGACGACUGCGGAGACAACAGUGACGAGGAGCACUGUGAGUCUCACCAGUGUGGCCCAGGAGAGUUCACAUGUGCACGUGGGGUUUGUAUCCGUGAGGCCUGGCGCUGUGAUGGUGACAAUGACUGCAGAGACUGGUCGGAUGAGGCCAACUGCACAGUGGGCCACCAUACAUGUGAGGCCAAUAGCUUCCAGUGUCACACAGGUCACUGUAUACCACAGCGCUGGAUGUGUGAUGGCGAUGACGACUGCCAGGAUGACUCUGAUGAAGAUCCCAGAUAUUGUAAGGGAACUCAGUGUAAUGGCUUCCUCUGCUCCAAUCACACCUGCCUUCCAGCCACCGCGCACUGCAACGGCAUCCAGGAGUGUUCAGAUGGCGCUGAUGAGAACAACUGUGACCCUCUGUGUACACGCUACAUGGAGUUUGUAUGUAAGAACCGAGCCCAGUGUCUGUUUCAGUCCCUGGUUUGUGAUGGGAUCAAACACUGUGAAGACGGAUCUGAUGAGGACGCUGAGUAUGCUGGAUGUGCCACGCCAACCGAGUUUGGAAAAGUGUGUGACGCCUACACCUUCCAGUGUGCCAUAGGAGUGUGUGUGAGCCUGGAAUGGAAGUGUGACGGCAUGGAUGACUGCGGGGAUUACUCUGAUGAGGCCAACUGCGCUGCUCCCACUGAGGUCCCAGGCUGCUCCAGGUAUUUUCAGUACGAGUGUAAAAAUGGACGCUGUAUCCCAACGUGGUGGAAGUGUGACGGAGAGAAUGACUGUGGGGACUGGUCCGAUGAGGCCCAGUGUACAGGUGGUGUUACUCCCCAUACUGUGGCUCCUGGCCCGUCUACUUGUGCUCCCAACCGCUUCCACUGUGGCUCUGGAGCUUGCAUCAUCAACACCUGGGUGUGUGAUGGCUACGCGGACUGUCCUGAUGGCAGCGAUGAGCUUGGAUGUCCCACAGCAGAUAGUGGCUCUGUAACGCUGGCUCCAGUACCCACACAGGCCCCUCUUGCUCCACCUUCCCCUGGUCGUUGCAGUCGGGGUCAGUUCCAGUGUCGCCGGCCGCCCCUCUGCAUCCCGGACUGGCAGCGCUGUGACGGUCAGCUUCACUGCCAGGACGGCUCUGACGAAGCCCAAUGCCCCACUCGUGGACCUUUGUCCUGCAUUAACGGGACUCUGUGCUCUGAUGGCGAGGCCUGUGUGUUGGACAGUAAGAGGUGCGACGGCUUUCUGGACUGCUCCGACCACAGCGACGAGGACAACUGCACCCUGGACACACUGGCCUAUAAAGUCCAGAACCUCCAGUGGACACCAGACUUCAUGGGUGCAAUCACCCUGACCUGGUCACGCCCCAAAAACCUUCCUGUGGACUCCUGCUACUUCCUCAUAUACUACAGGUUCGUGGGCACCCAGCAGUGGACCAUCAUGGACACUCACAGCAACAAGACCAGCUACAAACUGACCGUGCUGAAACCAGACACCACUUACCACGUCAAGGUGCUCACUCAGUGUCUCAGUAAGCUGCACAAGACCAACGAGAUGAUCACCGUCAGGACACCAGAGGGAUUACCUGACCCACCCAGAAACCUGCAGCUGUCUUGUGAUAACGGCGAGGACGGGACGGUUGAAGUGUCCUGGAGCCCUCCUGACAAAGGACACGGCCUCAUCAGAGAGUACAUCGUCGAGUACAGUGAGCAAAGAGGUCUUCUGGACUGGACGUCACAGAGAUGCACCGCGACCAACACUGAGGUGAAGGAGCUGGAGCCAGACACUCUGUACAGGUUCAGGGUGGCCGCAGUGACCAGUCGAGGUGUUGGCAACUGGUCCGAGGUUAAAUCCAUCACUCCAAAGAAAGCUCUGCCUCCUCCCUCUGUGAUCGUCGACAGCGUCACGGCCGACUCCAUGAGCCUUUCAUUCAGUUUCAACUCCCAGUACGAGGUCAAACAGUACGUGGUGAUUCUGUCAUGGCAGUUUGACUCCCACGUCAAGGAGAACAAGAACUACACAGUCAGAGAGAGGAUCCUCAAAGCUACAAACCUGACAGCGGGGACCGUGUACGAGGUGGCUGUGUGGGCUCACACCAGUAUAGGAGACAGUCCCACUGCCCUGUCCCAUCAUCAGACCAAAGGCACCGAGCCAGACCGGCCAGUCCUUAAAGCCCGAGCCCUCAACCAGACAGCUGUGGACUGCAGCUGGACCAUCAACGGACCCCCCGCUCAGAUGUAUGGUGUGUUUUACGCCACCUCCUUCCUGGACCUGUACCGCAGUCCUCGUCAGGUCCGGACCAGUUCUCUCAGCCUGAUGGUCACAGUGGACAGCGAUGAACAGUAUCUCUUUCUGGUGCGUGCUGUCUCCCCCUUCAUGGGCCCUCCCUCUGACUACGCCGUGGUGAAGAUGAUUCCCAAUGAGAGGCUGCCACCCAGGAACCUCCAUCGCGUGCGCUCAGACAAGACACAGGCCAUGCUGAAGUGGCAACCACCCUACGACACACCGAACACUCCUCUGACGUACGUGAUCCACGUGCGGGACGUGAUCCGUAAGGCGGAGCGGGACUACAAGUUGACCACCCAGAACAAUACAGUGGAGUACCUGCUGAAGGGCCUGGAGCCCGGCGGGCGAUACAGCGUCUCAGUCCGCCUGCGCAACAUGAGCAAGGAGGCCAGCUUCACUCUGAGCACAGUUUCUCUUCCGGCUCCUGAAGCCCUGAAGAUUCUGACAGGGAAAGACCACGUGUUCCUGUUCUGGAAGAGUCUGGCUGUCAGAGAGAAGGGCUUCAAUGAGAGCAGAGGUUAUGAAGUGCAUGUGUACGACAGUGUGACCAACCAGACGUCCUACCUGGGAAACACCACAGAGACAUAUUUCCGCAUCAGCAGCCUGCUGGUGGGACACAACUACACUUUCUCUGUGCAGGCUCGCUGCCUGUUCAACGGUCAGCUGUGUGGGGAACCUGCAUUUCUGCUCUAUAACCAGCUGACUGCAGGAGCCAGCGAUGCCUCCCGUGCCGAGGGCCACUCAGGGGACAUGGCAGCAGUGGUGGUCCCGGUCCUCUUCCUGCUGCUGCUCGGUGUGUGUGGAGGCUUGGUGGUGCUCUACCUCCGACACCGCCGGCUGCAGAACAACUUCACCGCCUUCGCAAACUCCCAUUAUAACUCCCGCCUGGGCUCUGCCAUCUUCUCCUCUGGGGAUGAACUGGGUGAUGACGAUGAAGACGCCCCUAUGAUCAGCGGCUUCUCAGACGACGUUCCCAUGGUCAUCGCGUAGCAAGAUGUCCGUCCAUCACCUAUUUCCCUCUUCCCUUCUCCCCCUUCUCUUCUUCCGCCCCCACUCCCCUUUUACUCCCCAUCACUCCUCAUCAGCGGCGUGGUACGUCGGAGUGAAGAGGAAAAACAGGCAGAAACGUGUCCGCCAUCCCAAAUCUGUCGAUGGGAAACCACCCCGAUUAGCAGGAAACAUGAAGAAAAAUGGAAAAAGAGAGAAAGAGAUAUUUUUCAAAUAUACAAUGCACUUUUUUUGGAUGCGCAAUAACUUAUUUUUUAUAAUAUUAAAUAUAUAUAUGUGUGGGGUCAAAAAAGGACUGUGAGGAAGAGGUGGACACUGAAGCAAACUGUGAAGGAUUUGAGUUUGUCGAGUGCGCCAGGGAAAGUAUGACCCUAUUUGUAAUGCAAACUCACUAUCCAUAGGAGUGGUUCAUUGCUUAAAGCCAAAAUAAGCAUCCAGAGACUGGAAUAUAGAAUGCAAACGACACACACAUUGAAAAAAACAAAGCAAAUAUAUAGGAAAAUGCUGUAUACGAUAUGUACAAAUGGAAGAUAUCAGAAUAGUAAUAGUUACAUAUUUUGGGAAUAGUACGGCGAGUACUAUAGCAGUGUAUGUAACAGUGGUGUCCAGUGUGAGGCAGGAGUUUCAUGUUUCAUCCUUUACAGAAUCUCAAUUGUUUGAAUGAUCACCAGUUUAGAAACUGCUGAUUCUUAUAAACACAUUAACUUUAACACUCAACCAAACAGCUCAGUGAUUGGAUUUAGUGGCAUCGUGCAGUGUCCUCAUAGAUACACCUUUAUUUUCCACCACCAGCACACUGUUGUAUGUCUGUAUGUAGAGGCAACACAUGAUAGGAGAGUAUCUCUGGCUUUGAGGAGGGAAGAAUCCCUCACCGCAUUGUUGAGAUCAUCAGAACUAUUUGUAAAUAUUGGCUUUUAAUUAUGUCCUCUCCUUGUAAUGCUGCACCAUAUCAUUCUGUAAAAUGUGUGUUUGUUUUUAUUUUUUUAUUUUAUUUUUUUUGUUUGUUUUAAUCGUUCAGGACCACAAAUUAUCGGCCCCAGAAUUUUGCCAUAGCUGUAGUCGUAGAAGAAGUGGGUUCUCAGGGAACUGUGUCGGAGCGGACACCAGCGCAGCACCACCAUCACCACCAUGGCUUAGGCAGCACUGUCCAUCUACUGUUGAACAGGUCCACAAACCUUUUUGAAGAGGUACUGGAUGAGCUGUGGGUGGAAUGACUGGCACACACGCAGAUUUUAUUGUCAGUAGUUGUGAUGAAGAGUCAGAUUCAGGCUCCCCAUCUGGUUUAGAAAAAAGAUUUAAAGGGUUAAUUCAAACAAAAUCACAGAAAGACAUGUUUGAACCCACAGUCGUACUAAGUCUUGAAGUUGCAUCAAGUCAUGUGUCUUUCCAGAAACAUUUUUGCUACCCGAGAUCCAUUUUCUGAUUCAGACGCUCUCCUUUCACGCUGCAGUUCAUCUGUUUUAUUAGUUAGCCGGAGUUAGCACCUUGAUCACCUCAGAAAGUGGAACCAUUUUUUUGGUCAGCUGGCAAAGAUAACCAGUAUUAAGCUAGCAGGCUGCUAAUGUGCUCGCCAGCAUGAGUCAGCCACAAUAGACAACCAAGCUAGCUUGUAGUCCAGCUAGCAAAAAUAAACCAAUUAAUUUUAGUAUGUCAGCUAGCUGCUAGCCAUUAGCAUAGUUAGUCUGUCACUAAACUGCAAACCAUGCUGUAUGAGACAUAAAGCUGGGUCAUGUACGGCUAACAUGCUAGCUCACACUUUUUGUUCUCUUUUUUUUUUUUUUUCAAAAUAAAUUGUAUUUAAAAUGAAUUGUUUUUUACAAUAAUACAAAAGUGCUUUUCUUUGGAAUUAUCUUCUGGUACCUGAAGAAAAUGCAGUGACAGUUUGAACAAAACAAACAAAAAAUUUUAAUUCUUUCAUAAAAAGCUCUAUGAUCUCUCAAAGGUCAGUUUCAUCAAGUUAGUAAUGCAAAUUUCAGCACUGUUUUUUUUUUAGCAACAAACAGAUCUUUCUGUUACAAACGUCGGUGUGAAUGGGCCCUGACAGGGAACUGUUUCUGGAAAGAGUUUUUACACUGAGUUGAACAUCACAAAUGAAAUUUCGAAUCAACUGCAUGUGUGGACGCUGACUGUGGGUAUGUGACCAAACGUGUUUUCUUUCAUUUCGUUUGGAUCCUUGAAGUUAACGAUGAGACCGAUCUUUAGACAGAGCAGAGAUGACACCCUGAGAGGACUCGUCUCUCUGCAUGUACAGAAUCUAACUGUUGCACGUCCAUUUUUUAGGAAUCGUCGUCCUUGUUCUGCUCCUGUCCCCCCCCUCCACCCUGACCCUGUACUGUAGUCCAUUAACUGAUAUUUUGUGUUUUGCCUCUCGGCUUGAGCCAUUUGAACUGAUGGUGUUCUGCUUUCUAUUGACCUUGUUCUUGUUUUGUUUGUAAAGACGUCUUCAUGAAUGUAUUUUAUAUCUGUACUUUUGAUGGUACUGUCCCAGCUCAUUAUGCUACUCUCACCACCUGUGAAGUUAAUCCACGCUCUCUGGUUUGGCCCUCCCUGCAAUGAAUUAGUAACUCUUUCCACUGUGGAGAACAGAUUUUUUUUUUUUUUUUUUUUUUUUUUUUUUUUAACUCUGUAGACCGGCUUCUGCAGACCGAUCUUAGCUGUUCCAACCUGAGCCCAGUUCAUUAACCCAGAGCAACAAACUGUUUCUGUCAGGUAAAGCCCAGAUAUUUCCUGCAUCAUCUUUCUUUCACCGUCUCCUCCUUCCCCGGAUCAUUAAACGGUGUCUGUACUGACAUUUAGUGUUUCCUCAAGACUUAAGCUUAAUUUCCCGUGGCUCCACACCCUCUUCAUGACGUACUUUGUUCGGUUUUCUUGGCCUUAAAAACAGAUUUUCUGGCGUUAUUAUAUAUAUAUUUUUUUUUUUUGCUCUGUGGAGUUUCUUUUUUCUGAUUUGCCACAUAAUGCCUUAUCAGAACACAUUGGGUUUCUAUGUGAUGUACAUGAAGUGCACAUGCAUGCAUACACAGUCACACAAACACACACACACACACAGCCCACACACAAGGCCAAGGAGGCUGAAGAGGUGGUUACUGUUAGGGCAUUUGGUUAAUUUUGUCAGAUCACUGCUCUUUUCUGUGUCAGCUGCUGUGAUGCAGCCUCUUCCUCUUUUUUUUCAGUCAGGUUUUACACGUGUACAAAGUAUAAUUAUUGGUUAUUAUGUGACCGUUAGCUCCCCACUUGUCUUAAAGUCGACUCUUGUCAAAUAGUUUGUUUCAAAAUGUCGUCGGGCACAGAGUGUGAUCAUUUUGGACUUGGCCAUGUUUGAAGAUGUUAAUGUCUUGCUUGCUUAUCUCGGAGGUUGCAAGAACAACGAGAUGUUUGGAGAAACAGUGUGAGGUGUUUUAAAAACCACUUAUACUGAAAUAAACUUGCUGAAAAUCAAAA